CGGCCCCGGGCGGACCAUGGCGGGGAGCUCCAGUUAAAGGCGUGUGGGCGCCGAGCUGGAGAGGACACCUUCGGCAUCGCUGCCUUUUGAGGGGGCUUAUUUAAACUACUGAGUCAUUCCAGAUUUAGGAUUCCCUAAAUAAUCACCAACUGUGCCCGUCUCGUGCCGGAAAGCAAGCGGAAAGAGAAAGAGCGCCCGCUCUUGGGACCCCGCGGAUCGCCUCUCGCGGGUUGCUCCCCAAGGGUGCUUGGCCCUCGAGGAUCUCCCUUCCUCCCCCCGCCCCUUCGUCUCUCGCUCUCUUUGCAGUGCUGCUGGAGGAGAGUCGCACUCACCGCAGCUGGAAACAGCUGCCCCCGCCCCGCGCCCCUAUCCAGACUCCGGCAAACCGCUCCCACUUCGCGCCUCUCAGAAUUCCAGAACUCGGGCGGCCGGCCCCUGGAGAACCGCAGCCGGUGCAAUGCAUUCCGUAGACCUCACCAAGCCGGGACGGACCUCCUAAUCUCCAGAACUGCGGGCUGCAGGGAGUUAAAUUGCUGCCUUCCUCUCCUCCUCUCUUGCGGUUGGUGGCUUGUUUUCUAAAGGAACGUUUUAUCCACUUUUUAGUAUUUUCUACCGGGGGCACCGUACCCUCCUCGGUCCAGACGCUGCUUUGUAAACGCGUUUUCUAUGUAUGUAUGUGUAGAUAUACUUUGGACACCUUACGACGCUUGCGCCUCUCCAACAGGGGCACGGCUUGUGAUUUCGGACAUCCUUUAGCCCCUUCCAUUUGGCACCCUGAACGCAGUGUGACCAAACUCACUACCACCCCUUGGAAGUGGAUCGCCUUGGGGUGCAAGUUUGGGGUGCACACCUACUUCGCAGGAGGGCCUGGGACCGCCCGGCCCCCGCCCCCAGCGGUUGGGGAAGUUUACAUCUGGAUCUUCACACAUUUUGUUGCCACUGCCCAGACUCUGACUAACCUUGUGGGCGCAGGGUUUUCUCUACUGCAGCCUCCUCAAAUAUUAGCACUGCCUCCCCGCUCCUGCCCUAUCCCUCCUUGCCGCCGAGGUCCUGCCCUCGACCCAGCGGAGCGCGAUUCGGAGGGCGCCGUGGAGCCUAGGGCCCGGGGCCCGCGCUGAGCUGCUAUGGCUGCGGCGAUAGCCAGUUCCUUGAUCCGGCAGAAGCGGCAGGCGAGGGAGUCGAACAGCGACCGGGUGUCGGCCUCCAAGCGCCGUUCCAGCCCCAGCAAAGACGGGCGCUCCCUGUGUGAGAGGCACGUCCUCGGGGUGUUCAGCAAAGUGCGCUUCUGCAGCGGCCGCAAGAGGCCCGUGAGGCGGAGACCAGAACCCCAGCUGAAAGGAAUUGUGACAAGGUUAUUCAGCCAGCAGGGAUAUUUCCUGCAGAUGCACCCAGAUGGUACCAUUGACGGGACCAAGGACGAAAACAGUGACUACACCCUCUUCAAUCUAAUUCCUGUGGGCCUGCGUGUGGUGGCCAUCCAAGGGGUGAAAGCCAGCCUCUAUGUGGCCAUGAAUGGCGAAGGCUAUCUCUACAGCUCAGAUGUUUUUACCCCAGAAUGCAAAUUUAAGGAAUCUGUGUUUGAAAACUACUAUGUGAUUUAUUCUUCCACACUGUAUCGCCAGCAAGAAUCGGGCCGAGCAUGGUUUCUGGGACUCAAUAAAGAAGGUCAAAUUAUGAAGGGAAACAGAGUGAAGAAAACCAAGCCCUCUUCACAUUUUGUACCAAAGCCUAUUGAAGUGUGUAUGUACAGAGAACCAUCACUACACGAAAUUGGAGAAAAACAAGGACGUUCAAGGAAAAGUUCUGGAACACCAACCAUGAAUGGAGGCAAAGUCGUGAAUCAAGAUUCAACAUAGCUGAGAACUCUUCCCUUCUUCCCUCUCUUAUCCCUUCCCUUACUCUUUCCUUCCCUUUCCCCAUGUCCUUCCAAUAAUCCACCCAAGGAGAGAAAAAUAAAAUGGCAAUGCAGGACCUAGUAGCUAAGAUUCUGCACUCAAAAUCUUCCUUUGUGUAAAACGAGAAAAGUGAACCAAAGCUUGCCUGUUGCAACGUGGUAGAAAAUUCACAUGCACAAAGAUUAGUAUACAUAAAAGCAAAGGAAAAAUAAAUCAGGACUCCAUAAACAUCAAACUGUGUUGUUCUUAAUAGAGGGCUACUUCAUAAACAACUACAAUAAAGAUGAAAAGAAGUUACCUAGAAGGAAAGGGUUUUUGAGACUUGAACUCUCAAACUGAUGUUAGAUUCUAAAUGGCUUAAACUUUUGAUAAUGCUGUGAUAUGUGGUUUUGUUUGAUGUUGGGUUUUUUUGUUUGUUUGUUUUGGACAUCUAGAAUUGACACACAAUUACAUACUUUCUCUAAGAUUUUUUUUUAGCCAUGAAUUGAACAUGUGAAUUAUACUUUUUUAAUGCCUGUAAGGUAUAUAGCCAGUAACUACUUAACAUCAAGGAAAAUUUCAAAAAAUUACUCUUGAACCUAUUAAGAUUGUUUUUUUUUUUUUUGGCAAAAGAUUAAUCUUGUAUUGAAACUAAUGGUAUUAGUUGACUUAUAAAUUCCUUUAUAAACAAGAGUUUCAAAUUCUCCUAAGAGAAUAUAUUUUUAUCAAAGGUAUUAAUACAAGAUAUUAUUUUAUUUUUUAGUCAUUUAGAAAACAUUCUUGUCCUAAUACUCUUAUAUUUGUUCUUAUCUUUUUGCAUUUUGGACACCUUUGAGAGUAUAGGUACAUGUCUAGUUGCCUUAGAGAGUUUUGUACCAUAUCUUGCAGCAGGAAAGAGAGAUGGGUUUCACAUAAAGAAAUAAGUCCAAGGAAAUGGGUCAAUGUAUUUCCCCUUUGUACCUUGUUGAAGUUUUAUGUAUAUAGCAUUUUCCAAACUGUAUGAGAAAAUGGGAGGCAAGCUGUGAAUUCCUAGCUUACCGUCUUAUGAACCUGGUGGACUGUUUGUUGAUAUAUAUCCUCAUUUAUAAGUCCAGUUGACAAUAAAUCUGUAGCUUAGAAGACAGAGGGUACUGUUAGUACACUGAAUUUUCAGGUGACAUGGAGAAACAGUUAUGGAAUUAGCAGCUAUGGCUCCAAUGGACUGAACUGGGAGUGGCUUAAAGGAAUGAAAAAGAACUCAGUGUAAGAGCAAGCAAACACACAGUUAGGAAAAUUAAAGUAUUACACAAAAAUAUUAGCCAAGAAAUGAAAGUUGUACAAUUGCAUUGGAAUAAAUAGUUCUACUUAGCCCUACAAAUCAGAAAUGAUGUAGAGACAUCCAAAUUUCAACAAAAUAAAACAAAACAGAAUGUUUAAAAAUGUAUGCAGAUUUAUGGAUAUUAUUAAUGAGAAGACUUAGCAUGUAACUUCUCCUAUAUCUCUACUGUCCAGCAUGUCUUGUUCCAAAUAUGACUCCCUAAAAUAUAUACACUUUGCAGCUCUAGGUCCUCACUUCCAACCUUGCCAUGGAUUGCUGUAUUCUUUCAAGGUCAAUGUAGUUUCCCUCACUCCACAUGAUCAUUAUUCUUCAAUAGUGGUUCUUGUCCUUCACCAAGUAUACUAUUUAUGUUAUCGGGAAGUUACCAGAAAAAAAAAAUGGAGGAAUUUGCCUAAUCAAUUGGAAAGAAUAAACAUUAUGCAACUAGGCAAGGAUUUUGAAUACACAUUUUCAAAGGAUAUUUGUUUAAUCAAAAUAUCUGGAAAGUAACAAAUAAAUGCAUUUAAUUUAAAAAAAAAAGAUAUGUCACUCUUCUAGGAAAAGAAUACCCUUGUUUAAAAAAAUGCAAAUCUUGGUAUAUCUUCUUUGUCACUCUUGGUUCAACAUAAGACCCCUGUCACUUCCAGGACCAAACAAAUCCCAAGCAUAAAGCUUUAUUUUGUUUGAAAAAAAUAAAAAAGAGGCUUCAAUGAAAUGGUUCACAAGCUCUUUUAGCAUGAAACAGCCGGAGCUUCUGUAGUAAUGCACAUGGUCUCAUCAGUAACACAUGCAAUGGUUUCACAAGUAACACGAAGGACAGAAUUCACAAUUACUUACACUGGUGAUUUCAUGACAAUAUAUUUAAUCUAGUUAAUUAUGAAAAUUAUGACAGAAAUAGGAAUCUCCAACAACAUUCCUUUCUCUGCUUACAGUGACUACCCAUUAUUUGUCAUGCAGACCCACAUCUGUCUCUUUCAUGAGACCAGUUAAGAAGCAGAGUUCUAACUACCCAAUCUGAGUAUUGUAUUUCCUCCAUAUCAUAUUAAGCACAUGUUCUCUGCAAUGAAAUGUUCUAGAAAUUAGUUUUGCUUAUUUUCAACUCAUUUCUUUUAUAGAAUAAACCUGAGGAAAAUGUGGUUCAGAGCUCAGGGUAAAGGUUUACUUGACUGCUGCUUUUUUGACAGUACAUUAAAACCUAUUGUAGUCAUUAUUCACUAAGUUUUGAAAUUAUUAUGAAAUAUAAAACUAUAAUUGUCUUUUUCCUUCAAAAAUUAGUCAGUUUUAAUACUUUGUUUUCUGUUUUAUUCCAAAUAUAAUUAUUAAUUACUUUGACUUUUCGUUGUUCUAAUUUUUGGGUCUUUAACUCAUCUAUCUUCUCCUUCAAGUGGAAAAAGUUUUUAGAAAAAUGCCCUGGGAGAUUCCCAGGAAAAGUAUGGCUUUUAGUAAAGCUUUGAAAUUGUGUAUGUAGAUAUAAAUUAAGACAUGGUUACUGUAAAUUCUUACUGUAAUAUGUUUCAAAAUCAAUAGACUUGAGAAUGAAAACAAAACAAAACUUUUGAGAGUCUUACAAAACAUCUUUCUGGUUAAUAUACGUAACUUGAUUUUAAAAUUAAGUUCAAAGUAUAGAAAUAAGUCAUUCUGCAGUUUCAUUUGGUAGUUUUAAGAUUUUUGUGCUUCAGAAAACUGGAAGACCCCCAAGCCAUCGUAUUCUUGAUCAUAGUAAUAAUUUUGGUUUUAAUUAUACAUAUGAAAGUCAUAGAACAUUUUUAAGCCAUUAUGGAUUGGCACAAUAAAGAGACAUCAAUGUAAUGUAAUGUGAUUCAUUUUUUAAAAUAUAUUUUUUAGUUGUAGAUGGACACAAUACCUUUAUUUACUUAUUUAUAUGGUGCUGAGGAUCGAACCCAGUGCCUCACACAUGCUAGGUGAGUGCUCUACCACUGAGCCACAACCCCAGCCUCCGUAAUGUGAUUAUUUAUAGGCUUCAUAUCAAUCUAGAAAACUUCUUUAGAAGAACUCUUCUUUUUAAGAAAAUGACAACUCAAUAACUCGGUAUUUUUUUCUAAAUUGGCGAUCUUUGGGUGCCAUUAUGGGGAGAUGAGAGUAUUAAGACAAGAGUAAAGGAUAAAGAAUGAAUUGAUUGUUAUUCAUUGAAAAGUUUGGAGAUUAUAGUUUGGGACUACUGGUUUCUUGGUGAAGAAGACUGGCAACAUCAUCAAUCUUUUUUUUUUUUUUUAAA